AUGGAAGACAAGACGGCUACGGCAGCGGCGGAUUCUUCCGUCUCAUCUUCAUAUGAGCCUGCCUCUACUGCGACUGGUGCCGCUGAAGGAGAGAUGACUUCGAAGUUCAAUUUCCGUCAGACAGCAAGCCGAUUCUCCUCGCACAUCCGCACCAAGGAAGCGUGGUUCGGCGAUUACGACUACUGGUACCUCUUCACGCCCAACAUCCCGCCGUUCAAUCGCAGGCACAAGGACAAAAUGCUGCCCUUUUACGGCCUCAACGACGAGGUGCCCAUCUUUCUGACCCUCCUCCUUGGCCUGCAGCACGCCCUGACCCUGAUCGGAUCCAUCGUCUCGCCCCCGCUGGCCGUCGCGUCGGGCGCCUUCAAUUUACACCCCGACAUAGUCUCGUACCUCGUCUCCGUGGCCUUCAUCACAACAGGAAUUGCGACUGCGCUGCAGGUCACCCGAGUCCACCUCCGUGGCACGCCCUUCUACAUUGGCACGGGUCUCUUGUCCGUCGUGUCCAACACAUUCGACAUCAUCGCCAUCGCCUUCUCUUACACCGGCAUGCGCUACAAGAACGGCACGUGCCCGGUCGCCGCAGACGGGACCCAGCUACCCUGUCCGGACGCGUACGGCGCCCUCUUGGGAUCAAUGCUGGUGACCCUGUGGAUCCAGAUCCUCCUGUCCAUGGUGCCCCCGCGACUCUUGAACAAGAUCUUCCCCAAGGUCGUCACGGGCUCGCUGCUGACCCUUGUCGGCGUAUACCUGAUCAACAGCGGCAUGCAGAAUUGGGCCGGGUCCAGCAACUGCAAUGGAGGUACAGGCUAUUACGCCCUGUGUCCCAACAUCGAUGCCCCGAAACCUCUGCCGUGGGCUGACCCGAAGCUCAUCGGCCUCGGAUUUAGCGUCUUUUUCAGCAUCGUGGUCGUCGAACAGUUCGGCUCGCCUAUGAUGAAGUCGGCCGCCGUACUGAUCGGCCUACUUGUGGGAUGCAUCAUCUCCGGUGCCACUGGCUACUGGUCUCGCAAGGACAUCGAGAGCGCCCCCGUCGUCACCUUCCUUUGGGUCCACACCUUUAAACUGUCGGUGGACGGGGCGUUGAUCUUACCUUUGCUCAUCAUGUUCAUCUGUGAGGGUGUCAGCUGCAUGCCCGACAUCUUGGCCACCGCCGAAAUUUCCGGUGUCGAUGUUGAGGGCACCGAGUUCAACAGCCGCAUCCAGGGUGGCAUUCUUUGUGAUGGAAUAGGCAGCCUGAUCAGUGCCCUGGGCACGGGUCUUCCCAUGGUUUCUCAAGCCGGUAACAACGGCACCAUUGUGCUCACCGGAUGUGCUUCUCGACGAGCAGGCUGGACAGCUUCCGGCUUUCUCAUCCUUAUGGGAUUUUUUGGCAAAUUCGGUGCCGUCUUCAGCGCCAUGCCCCCAUCCGUGCUUGGAGGAAUGCAGGUUUUCUUGUAUGGCACCAUCGCUGUUGCAGGUAUUCGAGUCCUAGGAAUGGUUCCGUUUACUCGACGAAAUCGCUUCAUCUUGACUGUCGCCCUCGGCCUCGGUUUCGUCGACAUUGUCACUCCCACCUGGUUUGACAAGAUUUUGGAUUACAGCGGGUCAAACGUCCAGCUUCAAGGAUUCGAGCAAGGGCUGAACUUGAUUGUCGAAACGCCGUUCAUCCUUGCUGCCGUGAUUGGAGUAUUUUUGAACCUGGUUUUGCCAAAAGACAAGAGUGCCAUGGAUGCCAUGGCUUUCCGGAACUCGAAGGGUGAACCCGUCGCUUUACCUCAGGUGGAGGAGUAA